CUUCAUUCCUUCGCGAUCGGGAGCGCGGACAGGUUGCGUUCUUCUUCGUUAGCUUUCAAUAUUCUUUUAUCGACAUCAAGGUUUUAUUCAACGCCUUUUUAACGUCGGCCUGCUCUUUGGUGUGCUUUAUUUCCGAUUUUGCCGGACUGGAAGUUUCAUGCAUUCAGUUUUUUAUAGGCUGAUUUAGACACAGCUUUUGUCGUACUGUGCCAUCAUUUCGUUUGUGUAUCAUUUCAUUCUGAAGAGCAGCACAACUUGCUAAGGCUUUGAAUCGGGAGAAUAAGCGCUGGAACACGGAAAGAGACCGGGCUUUCUAUUUGGCUAGCGUUUUGGGCACCAGUUUCAACCGAAUCUAUAUAAAACUGAAAAAAUUAAAGAAAAGCUCUAUUUUUCUGUUUGUUCCCCAUUUAUCGUCCAUUUAUAUAUUUAUUUAUUUUGUCAAAGGGUUAAUAUUACCUACUCUGACGUCUGCAUCUGAUAUUUUCUUCUGCUUUUUUUCCAAUGUGCAAUUUUUUUCCCUAGGUGCUUUGCGUACAGAGGAGUAGAACCUGUAUCAUCAGCAGCAAUAAUAAGGGAAUGCAGAUUUCUUUUUUUUUAUUUUUUACCAACCGCACCCCCACCCCCAUCACCAAACGUUUACAUCUGAAGGAAAAAAGUGCUUAAACACAGCACACACAGAGGAGCAAUCCCCCCGCGCAGAAUCGUCGUUGGAACUAUGACUCUUCUGCAGAUUUGGACUGGCAAAUUGCAGCAGCCAGAAUACCGUCCGUAAGGCGCUGCUGGUUUUUGUUUGUACAUAUUUUUUUUUUUGGUCUUUGUUUUAUCUUUUCGGCCUUUUGUACAUUUUCUCUUCAUUUUGAACUUACUGGAACUUUCGAAAGUGUUAUUUAUUUUGAGCAAGAUGCCUGCUCUUCUGGUGUUGGUCGAAGGGGUCUGUGACCUGCACGGGUUUCCUUAGCUAGGAAGACGACUGUGCCAAAUUAGAGCUUUAUACAUAUAUUAUGUAUAUUUUAUAGAAACGUUUAUAUAUGUAUAUUCGCCAACUAUUGUAUUCCGGCCAGUUCAUCGCCUGUAUAUUUUAUUUUACGUCUCAGGUGGAUUUUUCAGUUAUUUAUUUAUUUGUUUGUUUGUUUAUUUAUUUAUUUGCCGAGGACCACAGGCGGUUGGAUUACUAAAACUGUAUACAAGGAUUUGUGGAAAUGUUGGGUCCUCAAGAAGAUAAAUUAUGUGGAAUUGUCUCAGCAUUGGCGGCUCUCUCCCUCGUCUGUUUUGCUCAAAGCACCUCCACUGGAAAUACCGGAAUAUCUGUGGCCAAAAAGACAGUGGACAAGUUACUGAAGGGGUAUGACAUCCGCUUGCGGCCUGAUUUUGGAGGUCCUCCAGUCAUCGUGGGAAUGAGCAUCAACAUCGCCAGCAUUGACUCCAUCUCAGAAGUCAACAUGGAUUACACCAUCACCAUGUAUUUCCAGCAAAGCUGGCGGGACAAGCGGCUGGCAUAUGCCGAACUUGCGCUCAACCUCACGCUAGACAACCGCGUGGCUGACCAACUCUGGCUCCCGGACACCUACUUUCUCAACGACAAGAAGUCCUUCCUGCACGGGGUGACGGUGAAGAACCGCAUGAUCCGGCUGCAUCCUGACGGCACGGUCCUCUACGGACUCAGGAUAACCACGACGGCAGCCUGCAUGAUGGACUUGAGAAGAUACCCCCUCGAUGAGCAGAACUGCACCCUGGAGAUCGAGAGCUACGGAUACACAACAGACGACAUUGUGUUCUUCUGGCAAGGUGGGGACAACGCAGUGACAGGUGUGGACAAGCUGGAGCUGCCUCAGUUCUCCAUCGUUGAGUUACACCUGGUAUCGAGGGAGGUCAGGUUCACCACAGGCUCUUAUCCUCGGCUCUCCCUGAGCUUCAGGAUCAAGAGAAACAUCGGCUACUUCAUCCUGCAGACCUACAUGCCUUCUAUCCUGAUCACCAUCCUCUCCUGGGUCUCCUUCUGGAUCAAUUACGAUGCCUCUGCUGCUCGGGUGGCCCUGGGUGUUACGACGGUGCUCACCAUGACAACCAUCAACACCCACCUGCGAGAGACCCUCCCAAAGAUCCCCUAUGUCAAAGCCAUCGACGUCUACCUCAUGGGCUGCUUUGUGUUUGUGUUCCUGGCCCUGCUCGAAUAUGCCUUUGUAAACUAUGUGUUCUUUGGCCGGGGGCCCCAACAGCAGAAGAAGGUCAGCGAGAGGCUCAACAAAGCCAACAAUGAGCGUCAGCGCUACGAGGAGAAGCGCCUGAGAGACCAGGUGGAUGCGUACGGGAACAUCCUCCUGACGACGCUGGAGAUGAACAAUGAGGUGAUGCACUCCGACCUGGGGAGCAGCGUCAGCGACUCGAGGAACUCCGUCAUGUCCUUCGACAGCUCCGGCGUGCAGUUCCGGAAGCCGGUAACCUCCCGGGACGGGUUCGGCCACCACUCGCUCGACCGCAGCGCCAUGCGGAACCGGGCUAACUGUAGGCUCCGGAGGCGGUCGUCGAAGCUGAAGUUGAAAAUCCCAAACCUUUCUGACGUCAGCACCAUUGACAAAUGGUCCCGGGUCAUUUUUCCCAUUACUUUUGGAUUCUUUAACCUAAUCUACUGGUUAUACUAUGUGAAUUGAUGUGCAUCAGUUUAGGAAACAUGGGCCAUAUUUUGAGAGCACAUUAAAUUGGCUUUGAUACGAUUGGAAAAUAUGUAUAUACAUAUACUAAUUCCUAUAUAUGUAUAUGCAUAUUUAUACAUAUUAUAUUUAUAUAUACACAUGCGUGUAAAUCUAAAAGACUUUUCUGAUGUAAAAAGUAUUAACAGAAUGACUUGAAUGUUAAAAAAAAAAGCGAGAGAAACAUUUCAGGCCUUUGAAUUUCCGUUCCUUCUGAAACAAGCAAACAAACGAAAACACCUCAAAUCCCUAAGCGGAUUUGGACUCAAGACUGCAUGAUAUUUUUGCUAAAAGAAAAAGAAACAUCGUUAAAAAAACAACAAAAAAACAAAACAAAAAAAAAUACAAAAAAAGAGGACAGUUCGGAGAGACUCGUUGGCUUUUUAUCGAUACACACCAUAAUCUGCGUUCCCAUGGCAGUUUGCGACGCAAAAGGAGGCGUGUUGCUCAAGAGAAAAUCCCCCCAACUGCCUGCUUUUCCUGUUCCCAUGGAGAAAUCUGCGGGAUUCCCAGUUUCCUACUCUGUACAGUAACCGCUUUCGGAGAGCUCGCUGUUCCUCGGUUUCCGAGCGACAUCGUUCCUUUCUCGGACAUCAGCCCUGCCCCGCGGUCGACAUCUCGUGGUCAUUUUCGAGGUUUUAAUCGCCACGUUUUUCAGCCCACGGUUGGGGCAGAAGCGUCGAUUUCUUUCUUACCAUAAUGUUUUUUCGAGCAAGUUAUUGGAGUAUUUUUUAUUAUGAUUAUAAUCAUUGUUACUUGGUCUUGAAAACAGUGUGUUUUGGGAGUCUUCACCUCCACAAGCUCUGUAGUUAGUGAAUAAUUAGAUAAUGGGGCACCAGUAGGCUUUAUUCAUCUUGAUUAUUUGACAAAUUAACAUAUACUGUAGAUUCCUUCAUUCAGUAUCACAUAUGACAUGGUUGGUUUGUAAAUGUAUCCCUUAUUUCAGAUUGGUUCUCAGUGCUCCAUGUGUUUUGUAAAUAAUCACCCACCUCAUAUCCAGCUUUGUGUUCUGUCAGUACUUGCAAGGAACUUCUCGAUCAGUUAUCGCUUGGAUUCAAAGCUAUUUUUUUCCCAUCAGCCGUAUAAAGAUGUAUAAAAAGUAUUGUAUAUUAAAAAGGGGAUAUCAUCAUUGUUGUUUUCUGUUUUAAAUAUAAAUGGACAUAUCAAUGCAUAGUGUGAAUGGCAGUUACUUAUGGCAUUACUGUAGUGUCAAUGCCUUGAUGGUGGAGUUUUGUAGAAAGGUGCCUGUCUGAAGUGUGAUAGAGGUUUCCGGAGCUGGUCUGUCAAGGUUUCGUAAGGUGGUCUGUAGGUCACGGAGGUCAGUUGUAGAACCCCGAUCCCCAGCUACCCUCCCAACUCUUAUCACCUCGUGCACUGUUGUCCACCUCUGCUACUGAUGUCGGAUCUUUUCGGGACAAAUUGGAGAGGCAAAACAAUGUGGUAAUAACCAGGAGACAGAUAAGCCCUCCAGUAGGAUGAACAAGACAUGCAACAGAAGCCAUUAGCUGACAUUAACAACCGUAAUGGCUUGUAAAAAAUCCUUUCCAUCUAUCAUCUUUUCUUGGCCCAGGCCUCAGACUUCGGUGAGAUUCCAUUACGGGGAACGAUGGCCUGAACUCAGAGCAGUUUCCGUGCCGGUCUGGCUCAUAUGGUGCAAAGAUCCACAGUUAAUUUCAUGGUGCCUCAGCGUGCUUGUAAACGCCCGAUACGUGAACGCCAAAGAGGCUGCAUUUAAGACGUUCCCUCGUAAUCAUGUCACUGAAUUGGAACUGUUGCGAAAAUCAUGUAGGCGCUAGACGGUGGGAUGUUGGUGCAGAGGCAAAAAUGGAGGCUUGGAAAGUGCAAGUGAGUUUUGGGGGGGUCGUCUGGUGGAACCGAGGGAUAAGCAGUCUUUGGAAGGACACUGGGACACCACAGGUUGGGCCUGCCAUGGUCCUCAACGAAAGGCUGAUGAUAGGCCAAAUCCACUAAACUUCUGUGCCACUCCCCACCCCUCCAGGGGCACUGGUGAGACAUGCCGGGGGCACCAAACUAAGGGAACUGGGGAGGGGGGAAUUGGAAGGGAAUGUGAUAGGCCAGCUCUGUAUCUCCCCCACCCCUGGGAAAAUUAAAUGAAGGGGAAGAAGAGGAGGGUCGCCUUUCGCUUUCGGAGCACUGCGGAAAACCACAUGGCCUGAAUGAGGGUCACGUGAGUCAAAAUCAGGGAGAAUCGUGAUACUCGCUCAUAGCUAAUCUUUACCAGCCACCGCUCCUCAGACCUCUUCCCCCAGCUGCUUCUAUCAAAUCACUGUAAAUGGUUUUGCGUUGAAGAAACGUGUGAAAGUUUAGCGGGCGCCAGCCUGAGUCAUGCGCAUUUUGUGGUAAUCUACCACAGCCUUGUAAAUAUAAGAUGUAUAAAAAAAAAAAGAUUUUUUUUUUUUUUUGAAAAAUACUUUUUUCAGCGUCUACAGCACCUAAGCUCGAAAUUAACUACACCGAAAACAGGACAUUGCUUAAACGUUGCCUUAAUACCGAAAGAUAUUACAUGCAAAACAUAAGUCCUAGGCUACUCAGCGGAGACUUUAUCUUUUCGUUUGUUUUUCGUUACGUCCCAUGUGGGACGCUGCAGGUCAGCAGGUCAUUGGAUCAGAAUUCCAGAGCUAUUAACUAAUAUUGUCAUACAACCCUGUCUUUGACAGGCAACAGGUAGUUUAAGAAUCAUUCUACAGAGUAGGCUUGUUAAUCAUGGGUUAUAGAUCAAACACUGAGCUGUACUGAUUCCAUCCCACACAAUCGAUAAGUACUAUGGGGAAUAGUGAGCCAUGCUCAAGUGGGAGAUCAUUUUUAGAGCAUAAUUAGAGAAAGACAUGAACUUUUCUGUUAUAUAGUCCUUCGUAGCCUCUACGUAAAUGUGUCAUGUUUUGUUUCAAUGCAGUAAGUUAGCAUUCAGUUUUGCCUUCCGAUCCAUCAAACAGCAGCUUAUUCCUUAACCUGGAAACCCUCACCGUACAAACGCGGUAUCUAUGCAUCCUUUCUUUGCCCAAGUCAAGCACGGCAUGCACUACAGGGAAUCCUGCAAUACCGUUUCAUUGCGAUGCAUUUCUGGCAGACCAUUCAGAGCCGGGAAGGACGGGAGAGUCGGCCAGGGGACGGGGCAUCCCGGAUUGUGCCGCUGAUAGUCCAAUUUAAGGCGUUAAAUCACAGAGCUCGCGGAAACUUUCGCCAAGGAAAAGGGUGUGCGGUAAAUCACAAACUCACUCUGUGAAACAUGCCCCCGUUUCAGACUAAAAUGUUCUAGGAAACACUGUGGAAAUUCAUUCUGAAGUUAAAUCCCAGUAUGCACUGAUGCUGAAGUUGCCCAGUUCGAAACACGCCUUACGCAGAGGAUGAGAAGAUUUCAGACAUAUUAAUCAUGGUGCAGCCAUUUUAAGGAUGAGAGGCUUUGCUGUUUGUUCAUUCCGCCAUGAUUAAAUCAUCUUUCAGUGUCUGAACUGCGCAGUGAAGAAUGAGGUGUGCGUAACCCUCUGUUACAGUAAGACUUUAAAAGAAAUGGGAAGAGCAGAUUGAGUUCACAAAAUACAGAUAAACAUAUUCUGUUGGUGAUGAAAUUAGCACUCGGAGCCAGAGAUCUCUGUUUAAAAAGGUUAGCUUGGUCUACGCUGCAUUCGGCCAAGCGAAAAUCACAAUCAUUUUUCAUUGUGCCCCUGUAAACAGCCAGCAUUCAUAGCUUGGUGGUUAUAAAAGCAAGAAAAACUUUAACGCACAAUGAAACCGACGUCCACCCGAAUUCAGUGACAUGAGGUCACGAGCCACCGUUUGCCUUUUAAGAAAGACAAUGUUGCUGUAGCCCAAUCAACGCUCUUCACCAUUCUGAGAUGUUUUAGAUGUGUUAGUGUUCAACAUUUGUAGACUCAAGCACUGUAAGUCACUACCAAAGUUAAAGUGGUAAAUAACCCAUAAUUAAGACACGUCUAGCAAGAUAAGUGAAAAGUUAUCUACAAACUAAUUAACACGGCAUAUAUAUAUGCUGUAUUUUAGAAGAUAAAUUGACUUGGUUGGACUGAGAUGGAUGAAAACCAGAGGGCAGAAUCUAUCUAGUUGCUGUUUAAUGACAUUUGUCUCCCAGAUAUAUUGUUCGAUAGCAGAGUCACAGAGUCAUCUAACAGUAGUCAACUCGCAGGGCCCCCUGUCCACCUCUACAGCUAAGGACCAUGUGCCAUUAUGUGAUAAGGCUCCUAAUACAGUCAUGCUAACGCAGCCAUAGCGACGAAACAACCAAUUAUGGAUACCAUUGCCUUUCUGCCUCUAAAAUCCCCUGCCCCUCCCUCGAGCGGAUGGGUGGAAUGAGGAAAGCGGACAGCAGCAUUAUAGCGUGAUCUUUGGUGUUGAUCGGUACCAUGGUCAGAUACCAGUGAGGAACUGGAGGGCUGGAGCAGUUGUGGAAAAUGGCUGACAGAAUUUCAAAUCGGGCCUUGCAGUCAACACUUAAAAAGCACCACGAUACCACAUUACGUGCUGAACGUGCGCAGCAUAUGUGGAUGUGUAAAUGACUACUGGUCACAAGCUCGUUCUGCUUUAACAUCGCCUUUUCAUACUGCUUUGCAGAGAACCAUUUACGGUUUACUGUCUGAUGAACAGUGCAUGGGAUUUUGUGAGACUAGCUUUCUUAACUGGACGAUGCAAAAAUACUGGCAUGAAAAAACUGGUCAAGAGACAAGACGGUAUUACUGACAAAUUUAAUUUAAUAUUAUUCAUCUUGGCCUCCAAUAACCCUAAAAAUACCCUAAAUGAACCAUGUUGCACUUAUUUACCCCUCACCACACAUUCACAACAUUAUGGUUCCAUGUUCCAUACUUAACAGCGGCGUAUUUGAGGUAAUUUCAUGAAAUACACUUGUGUUUGUGUAACAUUACCACUACCCUACUUUUUUGUCAUUAUACUAUUUUUAAACUUGUGGGAAAUAUAUUUAUGUUGGGUUUUGUGGAGUUUAUAGCGUGCUUUUUGAUGAUGUUAAAACAUUUAAAAUGAGUAUGGCCUACUGUUUCCUUUCAGUGAUGUAACCGUAUUUGUGGGUCAAUGAAUUGAACGUUUUUUUUUUUUUUUUUUUUCUAAGUUUGUUUCUUGUUCGGUUUUCUUCAGCCUACGUGAUCAUGAAGGGUCCUUUUUUUAGGACUGGAAACCUAGCCUCCCCCACAAAACUAUCGGCACAGUGACAAUGUAAUGACCAAAAUGAGCUUAUACUGUGAAAAAUACAUUAGUUUUGUGCUCUUACAACACGCAGGUAUUUUUUUUAUCACGAAGACAAAACGCGUAGACGCACGACUGUGGGUCUUCGGAGCCGCUGGUCUGCGGAUGGUGUCCGCAGCGGCGCUGUGCAGAGUAGGGCGCACAGGCGAGUUUUCACAGAAAACCGGCCGGUCGCUGGUAAACCGGGCCGGGGAAGCUGCGAGUGAGACUCAGCCCGACGUGUGCCCGCUUUCCCGUCCCGUCCCCCAGGCCACAGCUCACUCGACCGGCGCGAACCAUGUUUGGAGAGCAGGCGCAGUACCCAGCCGUGGUACUGACAUCAAUGUGAACUUUUCUUGCCUAUUGUGUAUAUGUGUAAUUACUAGUGAACCGAGCUGUAAAUAGCAUAUCUUUCACUUAAUAUUUCUUAUUGCAUGAUCAAUACAGGGCAGUACGUAAUAGCAGCCAGCUUCACUGCUAAAAGCAUGAGGCUUUUGCAGCACUGACGCAAUUCUGCAAACAGAGUUUCUAAAAAGGAAAAGAGGAAGAAAAAAAACAUUUCUUUUUAAUUUUAUUAUUUUAGAUUUUUUUUUUGUUAGUUUGUUUUGGUUUCGUUGCAUGUUUUUCGUUUCAAACAGUUUAUUUUUGUAAAUCGGUCAGAUCCGGUCACUUCGCACAUUUCCUAAAUGAGAAGACGCGCAAUCUCUAUGCGAUGACUGAAGUAAAUCGCUGUUGACGUUUCUAGACGCUGGAGAUUAACAGUAAAUGCGUUUUGUGUUGAAACCAUAUUAGAGACACGCGUUAUAUUAUGGAAUCUUAUUAAUAAGCGCAUCGGGGACUAGCUGCAAUGGAGUACGGGUUUGCUUCCGUUUUUUGCUCGAUGUCAUCAGCCUCAUUUGAGAAAUCGCUGCCACCUGAACCCUGAGUUUUUUGUUUUUUUUUUCUUGACAAAGUUUGUUUUUGUUUCCGCCAGAUGAGCCGUGUUGCAAUAGAGGGUAAAUAGUUUAAUUUAAUUAUAACACACGCACAAUACAGUCCAAUUUCAUCACAGGAAUUAGGCGAGGCGAUAACGACCCCAUUCCCUUAGAAGGCUUUACAGCAGAAGCCUUCCACUUGAAAGAGCUGUCAGCGCGUUUCUGCUAUUUGUGACACCAGCACUUAAAGGAAAAAAACUACAUAUGAACACAUGUAUAUGUAUGUAUACAUAUAUAUACUAGCAACAUAUUAAGUAACAAAAUAAUUUGGCAAAACCAAUUUCCUUUGGUCCUACCAACUCAUAAGUUUAUUUAACUUUUAUUUUCCGUUUCCCUUUUGUACGUAUAGUGACUGUAAUAUAAUUUUCUACUUGGUAGACGACAUUUCUAUUUGCAUCUUGUCUUGGAGUAGACAUUUGUUUGGUACUGUAUUGAUUUCAUUUGCAUUUGUUACCUCAGUCCAUGGUUUAGUUAUUUAUCGAGGUGUUUUCUUUUCGGUAUGAGAUGAAUUCAGCAUUUGUAUAGUAUUGUAUUUCCUUACUUUUUCGUCGGUACCAAUUAAUGUAACGGUGUCUGUCGGCUUUUCUAUGUGUUUGAGCAAACUGUGUUUUUUACUAAUACAAGAUGUGUUAUGUGGUAUGAAAAAGGGUUAUAAUGAAACCACCUACGUUUUUACAAAUAAAGUCUUACAUAGUCAAGGACGACAACACUGUCUUUAUUUGCCUUUUGAGGACUAAUAUUUAUAUUUCAUAUCUGGGUUUGAGUGCUAGGAACAUUUAGUCCCCAAAUGGUAAAUAAGAGUUUUUGCAGAAAACAAUAAAAUGGAAGAAUUCUUAUGCCACUGUAAUUCCGAGCCAUUCUCUGUCUUCACCUCCUGCUCCAUUUUUCCGUUUGAUACUUUUUUUGUCUCAGGAACUGCUGGGUAAUUGGAAUGAUAUAGCAACUGGUCUGGCGUGCCUCGAUCAUUCGUUUAAAAAAAAAAAAAGUUAAAGAAAAACAUUGUCUUUGUUAUGCGUUUUAAUUUGACUAUAAGGCUGACUUAUCAAUAAGGAAAUACCCC